AUGGAAAUGUUCCUCAUCUGUUUGGCUCUUCUUUUCGCCGUCGCCCAGGCCAAACCUGGUUAUGUGGCACCUGUCGCCUACACACAUGCCUUACCCGCUGUCGCCACUUACGCUGCUUCACCCUAUGCCUCCUAUAGCGCAUAUGCUGCACCAGCCGUCGCCACAUACUCGCACGCUGCCGCCCCGGUUGUGUACAGUGUACCAGUUGCCCGUGUUGUGGCUGCUCCCAUUGCUCGUGUUGCUCCAGUUCACUACGCAUCUCCAGUCAUCUCGACACUGUGGAAGAAGAAGUAG